AUGACAUGGCUCGACCUAUCAGGCAGACCGGGUCACCAUGGCAUUUUUGGGGCGUCCUACCUGGAAAGUAUCCCCGAGGCAUUGGAUGAAUGGCAAGCGUCCCGCAUCCUCCUAGUCAUGAGCAUGGCCGUUGAUACGAAGACCUCGGUGAUCAAAGACUUGGAUGCCCGCCUUUCACACUUCUCGCUACAGAAGAAAACCGGGGUGGGGAUUCAUGGCCCCUACAAGGACCCCAUCAACAUUACGCACACGAUCAAAAACCACGAUAUCUAA